AUGUGUAUUGAGGCGGGAACUAUAUUCACUUAUGCAGAUGACACUGCUGUGGUAUUCUCAGGAGACACGUGGGAGGAGGUUCGCCUCUCUGCAGAACUAGGCCUCACAAAAAUUGCAAACUGGCUGCAGAGAUCAUCAAGAGAGUCAUAUGGUGAUGAUGCCAUUGGGUACGUUCAAGUGAAGCGUGACACGACUUUGUGCAUUGUGAAAUGCAAGAUAUGCCCUGAGCGCCAAGUCCAUCGUUCAACAUAUUCCGUCAGCUUGGUAGUGGAAGAAAAAAAGGGCAUAGUUAUAAGUGUCCAGUGCCAUGACUGCCUUGGUUCACUAGGAGGAUGUAAACACGCGGUAGCUUUCCUUAUGUGGGCACAUCGGAGAAGUGAGGAACCACCAUGUACAUCUGUUGAAUGCUACUGGAAGAAGUCAAAAUUAGCAAAAGUUGGAACCACCUUAAAGUUUAUAACGGUUAGAGAAAUGAAGGGAAAUUCUUCUACAACACUGGAAGAUUUUGGUGAUGUAGUCUUAAAUGAUUUUUUGGUGGAAGCCAAAAGAAGGAAUUUAUGUACUACACAAAUCCUUAAACAUCAACCUGACUAUGAAGUGCCUGUCAUUCUUCAGUUCUCCAUGCAUUAUUUAAGCAUCAAGCAUAAGAAUGAAAGUGACUGCGAAACAUUUUUAACAAAAAUUAGGGAUGUUUUCUCACAAGAAAAUAUAAAUUUAGUAGAAAGUCUGACUAGAGCACAACACCAAACUCAAGCAUGGCACGAGUUAAGGUAUUAUUAA